AUGGUAUCUACCUUCUUUGAGAGGUGGCAUCCCAAAACGAACACCUUUCACAUAUCUUUUGGUGAGAUGACCAUCACAUUGGAUGAUGUGUCAUCUAGUUUAGGCAUUCCUGUGUCUGGUGCAGCUGUUGCUCUGCUUGAAGAUGAUAACAACACAAAUUUUGAGUUGUUAGUUAAUUACUUAGGAGUGACUGAUGAAGAGGCUACUCAACAAUUGCACCAAUACAAUGAUGAGUAUACUGGCACGAGAGUCCAAAUUGUGUACCUUAGACUACUGAGAGACCUUGAUAAUGUUGCUGGUUAUUCAUGGGGGUCUAGGUGCUUAGCAUGGUUGUAUAGACAAUUAGGCCAAGCUUCGAGGUUUAAGGUGAAGCAGAUUGCUGGGUGGAACACUUUUCUGUUCUUCCUGAAUUUGUGA